CGGGUGUGCGGCAUCGGAAACGCUUCAUGAGAGAAAGGCGGACCCUUCUGCUGUCCUUUCUUUGAAACUUUAUUUUUUAACAAUUGCCUGCAGUGCACUAUAGAAGUACCAGGUGUUCAAUUUAGCAAAUGAUUUAAUUCCUUUAACGCUGCAAAUUUUAUAGCCGCCUUCCCUUGACUACGGAGUGAUCUGUCAAGAACUGCUUGCCUUGAGAAGUUUGACAGCUGCCUUUUUCAUUAGGGAAGCCACAGUGAACUCUUGGAACACAAGAAAAUGGGGGAUAAAGAAUUGAUGUGGGCCUUGAAAAAUGGAGACCUUGACGAGGUUAAGACUCUAAUGAAGGAUGAGGAUGUGAACAGGACCCUGGAGGGUGGCAGGAAGCCCCUGCACUAUGCUGCUGAUUGUGGCCAGGCUGAGAUGCUGGAGUUCCUCCUCUCCAAGGGAGCAGAUGUCAACGCCCCAGACAAACAUGGUAUCACUCCGCUGCUCUCUGCCACGUACGAGGGUCACCUCACCUGUGUCAAGAUCCUGCUAGAAAAGGGAGCUGACAAGGAGCAGAAAGGACCAGACGGACAGAGCGCCUUCGAAGCAGCCGAGACCGACGCCAUCAAGGCUCUCCUCAAGUGAGACGGGAGCCUAGAAGGGACGGACGGAUGCAGCAGUGGUCCCCCAGACAGACCAGAUGGACACACCCCUUCCCCCGACCUCUGUCUUUAGCACUGCUUUGUCUGUUUGCAGUUUUUUUUUUUUUUUUUAAGUUGUAGGGAUUCUCUCUUCUUGCCUCUUCAGUAGCCAUUGAAUGGAUGGACUUGUCAAUCAUGUCUCCCUUGGGGACCAAACACUGAGGGGGAAAAGCACUGACUUGGACCUUCCCUGAACACACAAGGAUGCAAUGUAAAAAAUGAAUAGAGCUUAACACUUAAAUAUGAUCGCUCCCAAGUCCUGUGUGCACUCCUUGCACAAAGAUGUUGGCAGAAAAACCGGAGACAUUCAAUAGUGUUCAAUUUUGUUGGCCGUUUUCAGUAUUGUAAGACCACUUGGUUAUAUUCAUCUUCCAAACAUCAGUUGUGCUAGAUGGAGAACGGUUGUAAAGAUAUUCUAUUAGCCCAGUAAGAUGGCCUCUUUCCCCUGGCUGUGUGCUGUAGCUCUUCUCUGUAGACCUGACUGGCUAACUGUCCAGCGCUUCAAAUAGGGCGUUUUGUACUGUAUGAGAGGGUAGGUCCUGUUUAGGUCGCUAAUAAUAUUGGUUACCCACUCUCUACGUAACCCUCUACUGAUAACAUAUCACACUAAACAUUAAUGACCAAGGUUACUCUAACGUAUAAUAGCGUAAAUACCCCGUUGACCAAUCACCACGUUGGCUAUUACAAAAAAUGUAUGUAAAAAAAAAAAAAAAGAUUAAUCUGUUAUUAAAACAUUACUGUGUAGUGAUGUCAUUAUGUCAACAUUGACCAUUAUGCAAUUUAGAAUUGCAUAAUGUUUUUCCCUUUUUGAGUGAGUUUUGAACGUGUUCUGAUCUGCAAUCCUUUGUUGCCGCAGUGUGUUUUGUAUUAGAUGAAUUUGGUGGGUGGGCUCUGAAUGGAGGGAUAUACAGGGGUUUAGGGUUCAAACUGUGGAUCGGGGAAAUGAUCGUCCUCUCGCUCUCUGGGUUUGAUUAACCUGCCGGCUCUGCUGCAUGUCAGAACUGCUUCUACUGCUACGUUCUCCAAAAUGGCUGCCUUCCUCUUUUGGUUGCUUUCAAGUAAUUACAAUGCAAUGGUAACAAAAUACUUUCUCUCUGGCAUUGUUGUGAGGGGAAAACUGAAAUAAAAAAUCUUAAUUAUUA